UAUCCAAAAUAGAUAGUCUCCCCGGACAAAUUUGUGACUUGUUAUUUGAGAGUGGGAGUUUAUCCGAAUCGUUCAUUCAGGCGUUGUAACUGAGCUAGUUUAACGACAAAACCCGCUCCCCAGUGUUGUUGACUCGAGUCUAAAGGCUAUGAUAUUAGUAGCAAAACCAGAAGAAGGAGCCAGAGAUCAUCUUCCGACGACAACAAUGAAGAAGAAGAAUGCUCGAUGUUUCGCCAUCAAUAAUUUUACCAUCCUUUUUUCUCUUCUCGUUUUUGUUGCGAUUUUCGCCUUCGUUGCUCCUCUCCCUUCUUUCUCUACUCCUCGAUCCCGCCAUCGUAAAAAGCUGCAUGUCAGGAGCUUUGAGAUUGCCGAUGACAUGUUCUGGAAAGAUGGUGAGCCUUUCCGCAUAAUUGGUGGUGAUCUGCAUUACUUUCGAGUUCUUCCUGAGUACUGGGAAGAUAGGCUGUUGAGAGCAAAAGCCUUGGGAUUAAAUACAAUUCAGACUUAUGUUCCAUGGAAUCUGCAUGAACUAAGGCCUGGAGAUCUGUUUUUUGACGGUAUUGCUAACAUAGUGUCAUUUCUUAGACUAUGCCAGAAGCUAGAUUUUCUUGUCAUGCUUCGAGCUGGGCCUUACAUAUGUGCAGAGUGGGAUUUGGGUGGUUUUCCAGCUUGGCUACUAGCUAAACAGCCAGCUCUUAAACUGAGGUCUUCGGAUCCUGAGUACCUUAAAAUGGUGGAUAAGUGGUGGAGCAUAUUACUCCCGAAGGUGUCUCCUUUUCUUUAUGGAAAUGGUGGUCCUAUUAUCAUGGUUCAGAUAGAAAAUGAAUAUGGUUCAUAUGCAGAUGAUAAAGCUUACCUGCAUCACCUGGUCAAACUGGCAAGGAAACACCUUGGAGAUGACGUAAUCUUGUAUACCACAGAUGGAGGUACAAGAACAACUCUUGAGAAAGGAACUAUUUCUGGGGGCAGUGUUUAUUCAGCUGUUGACUUUGCAACAGGUGAUCAGCCAUGGCCAAUUUUUAAAUUGCAAAUGCAAUUCAAUGCACCUGGAAAAUCUCCUCCUCUAUCAUCGGAGUUCUACACUGGAUGGCUUACACACUGGGGAGAACGGAUUGCAAAAACUGAUGCUGAUUUUACAGCAAACGAGCUGGGAAAGAUUUUGUCGAGGAAUGGCUCUGUGGUUCUUUAUAUGGCACAUGGCGGCACAAAUUUUGGAUUCUUUAAUGGAGCAAAUACCGGUUCAGAUGAGUCAGAUUAUAAGCCUGACCUUACAUCUUAUGAUUAUGAUGCACCAAUUCGUGAAACAGGUGAUGUGGACAAUGCCAAAUUUAGAGCUAUAAGGAGGGUUAUACAGCAAUAUGCUUCGGUCACUCUUCCUCCAGUACCUGCCAAUAAUGAAAAGGCAGGUUAUGGAUAUGUCCAACUCAAGAAAACUUCAAAUUUAUUUGAUAUCCUUGGCAUUCCCAAUAAUUCAAAUGUAGUUGAAUCUGCUAGCCCAAUUCCUAUGGAGUUUGUAGGCCAGAUGCAUGGAUUUCUACUAUACAUGUCAGAAUUUAAUACGCAUGAUAAUGCUAGUUCCUUAAUGAUAUCGAAGGUGCAUGACAGAGCCCAAGUUUUUAUUUCAUGCCCUUUCAAUGACCAUGGAGGAAGACCUGUUUAUGCUGGAAAAGUAGAGAGAUGGUCCAACACAGCGCUUCAGCUUCCUGAUCUCAAAUGUGUUUCAAAAACUAGUUUAUAUGUUUUGGUUGAAAACAUGGGCAGAAUUAAUUAUGGGCCCUACAUUGCUGACAGCAAGGGAAUUUUGUCUCCUGUUUAUGUGGAUGGGCAUAUUCUUCAAAAUUGGAAAAUGUUCUCAAUUCCACUUUCCAAUCUGAAUGAUCAGAAUCGUAGUUCCUUUCAUCAGGUUGCGGGUAGUGACCUCACUACAUUACAUGCAAGCAAAAUUAUGCAGCAUAAGAGCAAGAACCUCUCAAAUGAACCUGCUUUUUACACUGGUUACUUUAUAAUCGAUGAUGCUGAUCAAGUUAAAGACACAUUUUUAUCAGUAGCUGGCUGGGGAAAAGGGAUUGCAUUCAUCAACGAUUUCAAUCUAGGACGAUAUUGGCCGACAUUUGGGCCACAGUGUAACCUCUAUGUCCCUGCUCCACUUUUACGCCAUGGGAAAAACACAGUGGUACUCUUUGAACUCGAAUCACCAAAUGCAGAGCUUGCAGUCAGAUUUGUUCAGCAUGAGAACUUCUCAUGCAGUCAAACCAACUCAAACGUUCGUGAACUUUAAAAUUGCCUGCACCAGUGAUAAUUAUUAAUUAGGGCAGGUGUUUCACUCCCUGAAUAGAAGAUAUCUUGCAAAUUGGUACUGCUUUUCUAUGUGGAAUGUCAUCAUGGCAUCUCUGUGUUGAAUAUUUACUGUGUGUUCAAGUUGCUAAAACUCUACAUAUAUCAAUAUUAUCAGGAAAAUCUUGCAAUGAAGUAAAACUCAAAUUUGCAAGGUACUAAGAUGUGACCAAAAUGUACCCCGUAGUUCUAGAAUUUCUUGUAGAAACUUUAAACUUCUAGACUUACAGUGCCUGAUAACGUUCCGUCAGAUGGCUCAAAUUUUAUGUGGACUUCCAUAUUCAUAGUUAUCUGCCAAACAUAUGAUUUGAAUUACUAA